CUUUGAAUUUGAUUGGCUCCUUCCGUGUACAUUGCAGUGUUUUGAUUGGUCCAUCCCACACGAUGAAUCCGGAAGUAGCUGUAACCUUGGUUAGCAAAAAGAGCAUGUGUUGUAAGCUUCGAAAAAUCUUGAAAUAUCCCUUUUGUUUUCAUCAAAAGUAUUGAUUGAGAGUUUCCUAGGACGUGUCGGUAAUUUUUACGUUUCUUAGCUCAUAGUUCUUUGUGGUGUAAAAAACGAUAAAAGAGCUAAAUCAAUGAACACCUCAUCAUUAUCAAAAUAUCACUGCUCAUUGGGGACUAAACAUAUUUCGGUGGACUUCUAAAAAUGAGGAUCGCUUUUCUGACAGUGACAAGAAGCUGUAAAACUGUGCAAAGGCUGCACCAGAGUUCCUUUUCAUCAGUGUUAACUCCACUGAAGCAUCAGAGGAUCGCUUUGCAUAGACUUUCAAGUUCCUCUGUGAGCCAAGACGAAAAGAGUUACUACAUAACAACUCCCAUCUUCUAUGUAAACGCUUCUCCUCACAUUGGACACUUGUAUUCAGCAGUAAUAGCUGACUGCUUACACAGGUAUAAGCUGCUUCAGGGAUUCAAGUCAAAGUUUGCUACAGGUACAGAUGAACAUGGUUUGAAGAUUCAACAAGCUGCUGAAGCUGCAGGAAAAGAUCCCCUGGUUUUUUGCACUGAUGUGUCUGAGAGAUUCAAACAUCUCUUCAGCUGCUGCAACAUAUCUCAUACAGACUUUAUAAGAACCACUGAGCAGAGGCACCGUGAAGCUGUGGAACAUCUGUGGUCUGUACUGUGGAACAAUGGGUUCAUCUACAAGGGCAGUUAUGAAGGCUGGUACUCCACACCAGAUGAAAGUUUCCUCACAGCAUCACAGGUGGGAGAUGCUUUGGACCCAUCAGGGAAGGAAAUUAAAGUUUCGCUGGAGAGUGGACAUAAGGUGGAGUGGAUGAAAGAGGAGAACUACAUGUUCCGUCUGUCUGCAUUCAGGUCUGAGCUGCUGGACUGGCUCAGUGCGAACCCCCUGGCAGUUCAGCCGGAGCGUUUCUACCAGGAUGUUCUUCAGUGGCUCCAGGAGGAUCUUCCAGACCUCUCAGUGUCCCGUCAGAAAAGCCGCCUUCAGUGGGGAAUCCCAGUCCCAGGGGAUCCCGAGCAGACCAUCUAUGUGUGGCUAGAUGCUUUGGUCAACUACCUCACAGUCGCAGGCUAUCCUGAUGAACACAGUCAGUGGUGGAACGUGGCUCAUCAUAUUAUAGGAAAGGACAUUCUGAAAUUUCAUGCCAUCUACUGGCCGGCUUUUCUCCUUGGAGCUGGACUUCCACUACCACAGACGAUACAUGUGCACUCUCAUUGGACAGUAGGUGGAAAAAAGAUGUCGAAAAGUUUGGGUAAUGUGGUGGAUCCUCUUGAACGUUCACAGAUGUUCACCACUGAUGGUAUGAGGUAUUUUCUCCUUCGUCAGGGUGUUCCAGACUCAGACUGUGAUUACACAGAUGCCAAAGUUAUGAAGCUACUCAAUGCGGAGCUGGCGGAUUCUCUGGGAGGUCUGUUGAACCGCUGCACAGCUCCUGCCCUCAACCCCGCUCAGAUAUACCCCCAUUUCUGCUCUCAGUCUUUCCCCAGUGAGCAGAGUAGUGGCCAAAGCCGUGCUGUGGCUGAAGACUACCAUAUGCUGGAAGCUGUGAAGAAUCUCCCUGCUGUGGUGGAGCAGCAUUACGACACCCUGCACGUGUACAAAGCUCUGGAGGCCAUCGGUGCCUGUGUGAGACAAACUAAUGGGUUUAUUCAGCGUCACAAACCCUGGAAGUUGGACAGAAGCGACUGUAAAGACCAACGCUGGCUGGACACCAUCAUCCACGUCUCCCUCGAAUGUCUGAGGGUUUAUGGCACACUGCUCCAGCCAGUUGUGCCAGAGAUUUCUAACAAACUGCUGUCCAGAUUAGGGGUGAGACCAGGUGAGAGAAGUUGGGCAGCACUGAUGUUCCUGCCAAAGCAUCAGGGAGUGAACUGUCCCUUUGAAGGGAGAGCACUAGGGUCCAACUCUGGAGUGCUUUUCAGCCGUUUAGAGAAGAAUGUAGACAAGCAAAAACCGAAAAGCAGCAAAAAAGCAGCAAAGGAGGUUUGAGGAGUUUUAUGUUCCCUGUGCAUUUGUUCAGCGAAUAAAGAUAAACAUACUGGUGUGUAUCUGUA